GGUUUGUUAGAAUAAAAUCUAUUUCAAGAGGAGCUGGUAGCAAAGAGGACGGAGGAUGCAGAAGACAAUACAGAGUCUCAGAGCUGAUGGAUGAUCUGGAAUUACCAGUCAAUUAAUGGACUAAGGCAAAACACACAUUAAUUCUUACUUCAGAAGUAGCCAUUUUAGAAAUGGAGGAUGGAAAUCAUCCCCGUAGUAGCACUUGGCAUGGCAGCAGUUAUUCAGUUGGGGCAACCUCCACUUUCCUGUCUACAGUCCUCACUUUCCCUAUCUACAAGACUAUUUUCCGCCAACAGCUUCACACAUUGACCAUCAGGGAAGCUUCCCAACAGUUGCUAAAAGAAGGAUUUGCACAUCUGUACCGUGGUCUAGCACCACCACUUGUGGCAAAAACUGUACAGGGUACCCUGCUGUUUGGCACCCAAGCAACAUUCCAAAAGUCACUGUCUGGCAAUGGUAAGGUGGGGCAUUGGGAUCGCUGCCUUUCAGGACUCAUGUCUGGAGCUUUGGAGGCUGUACUACUAGUACCUUUUGAACGCAUACAGAACAUCUUGCAGGACGGGCGCAACAACGCACGAUUCCCCUCUGCUAAUUCUAUUCUACAGGAAUUCCAGUCCUACAGCACUCAAAAUAGAUUUACAUUUGGGCUUUACAGAGGAUUCUCUGUCAUUCUUGCAAGAAAUGCCCUGGGCAGUGCCCUCUACUUCUCCUUCAAGGAGCCACUGAGAGAUGCACUAAGUUUAGAUGGUGUCCCAGGCUGGGUGCCCUCCUUGGUAUCUGGAUCUGUUAAUGGUGCUCUCACCUCAUUAAUUCUUUAUCCCCUGAGUGUUUUGGUGUCUAACAUGCAGGCAGGGGUGGGGAAGGAGCUGCCAAAGACAAGGGAGGUGGCAAGGGCAGUGUGGUUACAAUGUGGGGGCAAUGUCUCCCUCCUAUACCGUGGUGCAUCCCUCAUCAUCCUGCGCUCUUGUAUCACCUGGGGAGUGACAACUGCCAUUCAUGAUGUUUUGCGUGGACAGAACUGAUGAGAGAAAUGGAAGCAAUUUGUUUUUCUUCUUAAAAAUUCACAUGCUUCACAGCAUUUUUAUGAAGCAGGGUUCUCAGCAUCGAGUUUCCCUUUAAAUAAGAUCAGUCACAUUAGCAUUCACAAUAAUUAAUGAUGUAAAUGGAAUGAAACAAGGGUAAGCAUAAAGUCAUGUUUUAUGAUGGUGAGGAAAUAAACAUACAGUGUUGGAUACCUAGAUUUUUCCCAGUGGGUUCUGACCAGAGUGGGCCUUUUCUGGAGCAGACAGCAUUAACUCUUUUCUUCCUUUCCCAGGUUCUGCUUGUGAUUUCUUUUCUUUCCAGCACAGACAGAUAGGAUAGAGUCUGUUACAUUUCAUCAAUUCAUCUCUCAAAAAUGGGGAUUUCAGGAAGAAGAAAACAUUUUAGGGCUCUAACUGGUGGGCCCUUGGUGCAACAAUUUACACCAUUCACAAACAUUAACUAAUAAAAGUUAUGUCACAUCCUAAUGCCCCAUUUGCCCACAUGGAUGUUAAAUUGCACUGGUAAAAUGCAGGCAAGCUGCUGCACCAUAUUUUUGUAGUCAUUGUGAGUGCAAAUUAAGUCAUUUCAAGUGAUCCACUUGGGUCAAAAAGGAUGUUAGUUGGGUCAAAAAGGAUGUUAGUGUGCUCUUAGCACCUUGUGCAUGGUUGUGCACAAUUCAUUAAAGCCAGCUGAAAUGGUGCAUUGGUGUAGAGUGCAUUUAGGCACAAGUACCUUUAAGGAGAAAGAAAGGUAAAAACUAAGUAAGCUUUAUCAGAA